AUGAAUCAGUUUAUCAUCGUGUUCAGUAUGGGGAUUCCAGCCAUGGCACAGAACAUGUCUUACGGAGCCGAAAAUUUCUAUCGCAGCAAUAAUGUGACAGUCCAACCGAUCAGUUUCCCAACGCAGUACAGAACAACUGUCGCAGGAAAUCUCUUCUAUCUCAAGGACCAGAACAACAACACUGCGCCUGCUGUUGUCGUCGGCCAUCCUAUGGGGGCGGUUAAAGAACAGAGUGCCAACCUCUACGCGACGAAACUGGCUGAGCAGGGACUCACCACCGUCUCCAUUGAUCUCCCCUUUUGGGGUGCUAGCAUGGGUGAGCCGCGCAACGCGGUCUUGCCCGAUCUCUACGCAGAAGCAUUCAGCGCUGCAGUUGAUUAUCUGGGCAUCCAGAAUAUAACUUCCGUCGACCGCGAGCGGAUAGGAGGACUUGGUAUAUGUGGUAGUGGCGGCUUCCUGAUCAGUGCUGCAAAGCUGGACCCGCGCCUCAAGGCUAUAGCUACAGCAAGCAUGUACGAUAUGGGAACCCUCGCCCGCCAGGGGCUACAAAAUUCGCAAAGUGUCGACCAGCUUAAGGAAACAAUUGCCGAAGCCGCACAUCAGCGCUGGAGCGAAAUCGACGGCGGUGAAACGCAGUAUACCAGCGGGACCCUGAAUCACCUCACAGUGAAUGCCACUCCAGUCGAACGCGAGUUUUACGAGUACUACCGUACCAAGCGUGGAGAGUUUGUGCCUGUUGGAUCGACAUCAGAGCUCACCACUCACCCCACACUCUCGACCUUCACCAAGUUCGUCAAUUUCUAUCCGUUUAAUGGCAUCGAUACGAUCUCACCCCGGCCGAUGUUAUUUAUUGCCGGCGAUCAAGCACACUCUCGUUAUUUUAGCCAAGACGCUUAUUCGCGUGCUGCUGAGCCGAAGGAGUUUCUCUCGGUACCAGGUGCUGGCCACGUCGAUCUAUACGAUCGCACCGAACUUAUCCCGUUCCAACGACUCACUGAGUUCUUCCAAACGAAUCUUGCGUGA